UGGCCCCUCUUCCCAAUCUUAAUAUUAUCAAGAGCACCCAGGACUCUGUGGGAUAUCCAGAGUGGCGCAGAUAAACACAAAACUGGGUAUAUAAUGUGACACUCUCCACUGCUGCUUGUAUUAAUACACAAGUUCAGCAGAACAACAACCAUGAAGUCGUUGCUAGUAUUGCUGCUAGUGGCCUUAUCAUCAGCCACUGUCAUCAAAGAUGGUGCAGGAACCCCUUGUGAUGACGCAAUAUCCGACCAGUGCCCGGCAGAAGAUGGCCCAGACCCUUUAUACAUUGCCGUUCCUGAAAACUGCCAAGAAUACUGUGAGUGCUCACAAGGAACGGCUUAUCUCUUUGAAUGUGGAGAAGAUACACUCUUCGACGACGUGCUUAAGGAAUGCAACUGGGCUACCCAUGUUAACUGUGGCUCCAGACCAAUUCCCGGCUCAAGCACUAGUACUACUACUACUACUACUGCUACUACUACUACUACUACUGCUGCUGCUACUGAUACUACUUUUUCUACUGCUAGUUCCCCCUCGUAGACCGCAGGAACUGCAGACAUUUUUCUCGAUAUGCUAAUGUGUUCUAACUAUUCAUGUAAUAAACGCUAAGAAUAAAAACAUAGGUAUAUAUUUAGAAAUAAAUUUAGAAAAAAAUCUUCCUGUUGGAAACUCCGAUGACAAUUCAACCACUCGCCAUAAUUUAGAAAAAUGUGGUUCACCUGUAAUGAACUUUUCGAAUUGUAUAGAAUUAUAUAAAUAAAUAAAUUUUCACUGGAAAAAAAUAA